CCUCUAAUAUCUGUAAAAAAAAAUGUUAUUUUAUUUUUUUCCUCUUUUCCCCCCAACUCUCUCAAAAGAAAAUUCUAGUUCCUCCAAAUUUCUCUUUUCCCCAACUCCUCUCUCUCGAAAAAAAAACCCUAAUUUCCCCAUGUCCUCCCCUCUUCCCCGACAUCGACACUACCAAAAAAACCCCAUCCCCCCAUUGAUGCUACGCCUUCUCCUUCUCCACGGCAGCCGCGUUUGCUCUUCCCCACGGCCGGCGGCCACGCUUCCGCCGCUCCCAAGGCCGCGUCUGCUCAGGUGCGCGCCCCUUCACUCUCCCGCGUCUCUCAGGUGCGCCCUUUUCCUUUCCCGUCCCAGGUUCCAUCUCCUCCAUCCUCUCCGCUAGAAACCCUAGCAGAGGACGCCUGGGAUCUGCUCAAUCUCGCCGCCGACGAGAUGAUGUGGAUGAGUCUCCACGAGCAAGGUAACCACCGGAGCUUCAACGGCGUCAACAUCACGGUCCCAGCACAGAAACCCUCGUCUCCUCCAAUUCGCGCGCCGCCGAAAAACCCUAACCCUAACCCUAAAGGCGGUUACUACACCCCGCUGUUGACUCAACGCCAGGUUCAAGUUGCUCAAGUUCGUUUUCUUACCAAAAUUUAUCAUCCCAAUAUUGACAAGCUUGGAAGGAUAUGCUUUGACAUUUUAAAGGACAAAUGGAGUUCUGCCCUCCAUAAAAGGAGGGUUCUAUUGAGUAUUCAAGCACUUCUUAGUGCGCCAAACCUGGAUGACCCACUGUCGGACAACAUAGCUAAACAUUGGAAGGCCAAUGAAGCAAAAGCUGUUGAAAUCGAUUUUGUAUUCGAAAGAAGUGAAAGCACACCUUUUGUAGGUUGCAGGUGUCAAUAAUUCAAAUAACUCAUCUCCAAACAAUUAUUUUUCGAAUGCAAGUCACGAGCUUGGAGGGAAC